AUGGUUGUUGAGAUCAUCCAUCCAGGACGCCCGUCCGUUUCCAAGGACGAGAUCCGCGACAAGAUCGCCCACAUCUACAAGACGACCAAGGACCUCGUUAUCGCCUACGGAUUCCGGUGCCAAUAUGGAGGUGGCCGCAGCGCAGGCUUCGCCCUCGUCUACGACUCCAUGGAUUUCUGCAAGAAGUUCGAGCCCAAGCACCGAUUGAUCCGAUUCGGACUUGCUACCAAGAAGGAGAAGGGUGGCAGGAAACAACGCAAGGAGAAGAAGAACAGGAUGAAGAAGGUCCGAGGAACCAAGAAGGCCGCCGCCGGCACCGCCGCCAAGAAA